AUGGCGAAUUCCAAAGCUGGUCUCCUCGUGCUCCUCGUUGCCGCCGCGACUCUGCUUCACGCCUCGGGGCAGACGGAGCCAUUUCUGGUAACCAAGGCCCGUCAGACCCGCGCCGCCGCCAUCAGCGCCACCGCCGAUUCCCAGAAAGCCGACGCGCUCGCCGCGCAGCGCGCCCAGGAGCUUCUCGCUGCGAACAAAGCUCUCGCCGACGCAACUGCCGCUUAUAACGACGCGUUACCACUCGUGAACCGCCUCAAGACCGUCCUCGCGACAAAAAUCACGGCGAAGAACAAAACCGCUGCAGCCAUCCCCGCUGUGCAGGAUAAGCUCGAUGCAGCCACGGCAAUUCUGGAAAAAACCAAAGCGUCAGGCACGAGCCUUGCGGAUCUGAAAGCAGCCGUUGAGGACGCAAAGAAGCGCGUCGAGAUGACGGCCCAACAAGUUGAGGGCCAGCAGGAGGAGCUCUACGACGCGCAGUCGACGGCCAUGCAGGCGGCGAAGGACGCUGCUAACCCUGAUCUGACGCCCACUGAAGCCGCGGCUGCUCAGACCGCGUUGACCGACGCGAAUGCGGCGCUGGCGCUCGCGAAGCAGAUUCUGGACGACAUGAUCUCACAGGCGAAUCGCGCAGAGCAGGUGGUGGCGAAGCGACAGGAUGCACUGGACAACCCCGACUCGGCGAACGCCGUGGUUGCGGCGCAGCAGUCGGCGGUUGACGACGCGCAGGCAGCGCUGGAUGCGGCGGUGAAGGCGGACGCGGCGGCGGCGGCGGCCGUGACGAAAGCGACGACCGACGUGAACGACGCAAGCGCGGCGAUUCCGAUCAAAUCCGCGGCGGUUUCGAACGCGAAGAUCUUGCAGAGCAAGGCUGUUACGCUGAAAACGAGCGCGGAUAGCUCUGCUGCGACGAUGAAGUCCAGGAUGAACACCGCUGUGUCUGCUGCUCAGACCGCCGAGGCUGCUGCGAAGACUGCUGGUUACACGUGGAAUUGCACUUUCGACCUUCCAGCUGGACAGAAGAUCUAA